AUGCUAGGCAGAAUUCUAAAAAUCCCUAUAAGAUGGGGAUACACCUAUCAUCAGGGCAAAAUUGCUGCUUUUGAAGGUAGAGACACUGAAUGGUCUAGAAAAGAUUUAAAAGAAGCCUCAGAGAUCCAUCAAGAAGUCCAGCAGGACCGCACACUGCAAAAACUCAUGCAUGCGUGGAAGCACCCUCUAAAGCUUAAGCAGGAAUAUAAAGCUAGAAGAGUUGAAAGGGAAAGUAAGAUUCCUCCAAUGCCUGAACAGGAGUCUAAGCUGGUUGUACACUCUCAAGUGCCCAUAACUUCGGUAGCCACACCUCGAGAUGACCAGAUUUUCGCUGUAGUUAGACUUGCAGGGCUGCAGUACAAAGUGACCAAAAAUGAUUUAAUUAUUGCUGAAAAAUUACCGUAUGAGGUAGGACAACAAUUCACGUUGGACUCUGUAAUGCUUGUUGGAACUCCUAGCUACACAUUGAUUGGAAGGCCACUUGUAGAAAAAGCUCAAGUUUAUAUGACUGUCGAGGAACAAACUUUAAGCGAAAAACUCAUUGUUUUCAAGAAAAUCAGGAGGAAACAUUAUAAGAAGCAAAAAGGGCACAGGCAGGAAUUAACGAUUUUGAGGGUUGAAAAAAUCGAGCAUGAAGUUGAAGAUAAGCAAGCUUCUCUUUUUAUUCCAGUUAGCUAA